AUGUCUUGCUGUGAGGGUACCCGGUCACUGCACAAGCGCUACAAGAUAUCACUGGCCAAGAUGGUGGUGGGAGGUGGUGGUGACCAGCGCCAGCGACCCCGGGGAAUCGUCAACGGCGGCCACGAGUCACGGGUGCCGUCGACAGCGAUCUCCGAGAGCGGCAGCGAUAGAGUUGGUGGGAUGGCGCUGGCCGAGCUAACGGCGCGUGGCUGGUGGCACGCACCCAACAGUGAUAGACACGGCGCUCGUAGCGACGUUUUUAGCAUAAGCACUACCAAAAGUGACUACCCGCGAGUAAUUGGCAGCAGUAGCAGCAGUAGUAGUAGCAGUCCCGGCCACAGUAGUAGUAUUAGAGCCCGCAGACGGAGAACGCAGCAGCACAACACCGAUGACGACGACGGCCGCUGGCCGGACGAUACGGCCAAGAAGGUCCGGGUGAGAGGUGGUGGCCUCGCCCGGACGAUGUUGAUCCUUUUGGUCAGUAGCAUUCUGGUGUUGUUGGGCGGCAACCAGCAACAGUACGUCGGGGCCGUACUGCUCGACACGAACGGUGCCGGGGACGGGAAGGCACCGGUCCAAGCGUUCGGGGACGAGCUCGGUGGUUCGAACCUCGAGCGCAGCAUAGCGGCCGUGUUCAGUCGGGUCGCGUACGGCUCGACCACCACCACCAAGCGCAGCAUUCCGGACAACGUCUACGUGCCGAGUCUGACGACCGUCUCCACGCCGCUUCUGACGACGUACAGGUACCGUGAGAAGGAUAAGGACCCGCAGGGCGGCGGUGGUAUGGCGAGCGGUGCCGGUGGACCCGGUAGCGACAAGGACCCGCACUACAACCAGCAGCAGAUCAGCGCCAACCACCGGAACUACGAGCUGGACCUCGAGCGGGACCACGUGCUGCCGACGUCGGCCCCGAACGCCGAGAUCCUGAAGAGCAACAGCAACCCGACCUACCCGAACCCGAACCGCCACCACAACCACGAUCGCCAUCGGCACUCCAACUCGACGCCAUAUCCGCACGGUCACGGCGCGAAGAAAGGGUUCGCGACCAACUCGAUGUUCUCCGGCGACGUCCCGGCGUACUCGCCGACGUCCCGCUCCUCACCGCCACUGCCACCGAACUACACGAACCCGUUCGCCGACAAGCCGACGCUCCGCGGGACGAGCAGCGACACGACGAUCGUCAACACCGGCUCGUACAUGGUCCGCCGCCCACUGCCCCCGCCGAGCCUGAUGCCGGGCCACGAGCGGAUCCCGAUGCGACCGCCGGAUCUCGUACCCGCGGCACCCGGUUCCGGCCCGCCGACCCUAGGAGGUGGUGGUGGUCCGCAGGCAUCCAACAACCCGCAGAAACCACCGGGCAGCGGUGCACCCCCUCAACACUCGGGCGGCCCGUCGUCGGUCGGCGGCGUUUCUCUGGACGCGGCCCAGCGCAAGAAGGCACUCAACACACCGUCGGAAAAGUCCAGCAAACUGGACGGGGGCAAGACGCCCGGCGGCGGCGGCGGAUACGAUGGUGUCGGUGUCGGCAGCAAGCAGUUCAUGCUGGACGAGAACGCCUCGAACUCGAGCGCCAUCCUGCCGAACGGGAUGCACUUCCCGUCGAUCUCGCGCAUUCUGUCCGGCUCGAACGGGCGGCCCCAGGUUAUCCCGGACGUGCUCCUGCGCUCGGUCACGUCCGCCCCACGGCCCAACCAACCGUCGUUCGAUAUCGGUCCCGGAGUUGGCGGCGCCGGACCAACGUCCCUGAGUAAUGCGAAGCACCCGAGCUACGGGGGUUCGGCGGCUGGCGGCGGUAAACCUUCGACCACCGACGGCGCCGAUGGUGGCCCGCCGGAUCCGGCUGGAAACGGGGCGACGGAAGACGAAGCCGACGAGGACGACGAGGACGAUCCGUUCGAGGAUGGCGAUGAUGAUGACGACGGCGGUGUUGUGGUUCCGGCGAGGAAGGGCAAUGGCGGUGGUGGUAGCACGGCCCACUCGGGCCCCACGUCCUCCAUCACCUCGACCGUUUCGUCGAUGCACGUCCUGUCGUCCUCUUCGUCGCCGAUCACCCAGAAGAUGCCCAACCUGAACCUCAAGUCGGUGAUGGUGAAGAAUGGGACGACAGGCGGCGGGGAGGACGGUGGUGCUGGGGGCGCAGACCGGAACUUUGCGGGCGACCUGGCCGACAUCAGCACGUGGACGAUCGCGUGGAACAUUCACGUGUACCUGUCGGCGAUCCUGUUCACGAUCCUCGCGGUGUACUCGAUCUUCAAGAUCAUCUUCUACGACAAGCUGACGCACCUCUUCUCCCAGUCGUACUUCAUCAGCAUCCACCUGAUUCUGAUCAUCAUCUGUCUGCUGCGCAUCUUCUACCUGUGCUACGAUGCGUACAACAUCCACUUCAGCUUCAAUCUGUUCACUUCCGAGCUGCUCCUAAACCUGCCGCUCACGUUCCUCACGACGACGUUCGCGAUACUGAUCCUGUUCCUGUUGCUUCGCUCGAUCAACCACAAGACGAACCGCUACAGCUCGAUCCUACGCCCGCUCACGAUCAUCAUCGGCUCGGGUGUCCACGUGGGCCUGUGUAUCACCCUGCACCUGGUGGAGUCGUACGAGACGCAGCAGUUCUACCACAAGCAGCACCAGCUGCAGCUCCAGAACAAGCAGCUCAUGAUGGCGGCCGGGCCGGGCCGCCCCGGACAUGGCACCGGCGGUCACGGCGGUCCACCGACGAACAUCCAGAUUCCGCCACGCGUCCUCUCGCUCAUCUGCCAGAUCAUCUACAUCUUUAUCUGCCUCAGUCUCGGCAUCCUGUACCUGUACAUGUACCGGCUGCUGAAGCGCAUCCUGCACAAGAGCCAGAACUACAUUCACGGCUACAACAACCUGUCGUACGCGAUCCACAUCACGAUCGCGACCGCGCUGCUGUUCAUCCUGCUGGCGGCGCUCCAGAUCUAUGGUGCGAUCAGUAUCAGUUCGCAGACGAAGGUGAAGCUGUCACCGAGCAACAGCCUGCACGAACCGGGAGCGGCCAAGAAAACGCUGUGGGCAUCGCACAUCGAGAUCGACUGGUUCCAGUGGGGCUACCAGUUUAGCCUGCGGUUCAUUGAGAUCGUGAUCAUUGCGUUGCUUUCGUGGGUGACGGGACUGAAGACUGGCACGUCGAAGGUGAUCCAACGCGAGAAGGAUAUGGAGCAGCCGAACGCAAGCGGGUUCGCCCUGUUCCCCUGUACGUCCUCCUCGAGCCAGGAGAACUUUGAAACGGACUAUCCGGCGGUCUGCAACACGAACCGCAAUCUGCACACCUACACGAUGCGUACCGGGAAGCCGAUCUACGACGAUAAUUUCGCUCUGAACUCGCUCAACCUGGAGCAGAACAGCCAGCAGGAUCUGCAGCUCGGCGGUCCGGGUGGCCCACCCGGUCACCCGCCGGGAGCCGAUUUCCAGCGUUCGCUCGAAACCAACAGCAUGCGUUCGUCGUCGCACAACUACAGCAACAACGACCACAACAAUCACUGCUGCCGGGGGGGCGGCGACGGAGCGGACGACUUCCUGAACGACACCGAGCCGAUGCCGGAUCACUACGAGAAUCCGAACUUUGAGCUGAAACACCACCACCACCAUCACCCGCAGGUCAACCACCAGUACCACGACAUCAUGGACAACUGCUACUCGGAGCCGAUCAAUGCGCCCCAGUACGACACCAAGUCGCUGCGUGGUGCAGGCGGCCGGGAGCACCAGCACCCCGGGAUGGGUGCCGGAACCCGGAACUAUGAUUUCCAGAACUUUGAGCGUCCCAACUUUGAGCCGGUGGCCGGCGGACCCGGGGUUGGGACGAUCCCGUCCCACUCGGCCCUAGCGGCCGCCCAGUCCAUGUCCCGGAACGAGUUCCGUGCCUCGAAGAACCUGAAGACGCUCAAGAGUGGCCAGCUGCAGAACGAUCUCGGUGGCGGUGGAGCGAACACGAUGGGUCACCAUCAUCACCAUCACCACUACAGCCACAACAUGGGACCGCCCGGGGGUCCUGGUGCCAACUACGGUGGCGGCGGCGGCGGCGGUGAUUCGUUCGAUCGACGGAUCGGAGUGCGCAAGAGUGGCACGCUGAACAAUAUCGGUGCGAUGCACUUUAACCCGGUGCCGGCGGGUGGCGGUGGCAGUGGACGGAACAAUAACUCCAACUCGUCCGCUUCGUCCUCCUCCAACUCGUCCCACAACCAGCGGGCUGCGGCCCUCCAGCGUACGAUGGGCCCGGCCGGCCACCGAGUGACCGGAGUCGGAGCGCAAACCCUCAGCUCGUCCCGUUCGAACGAUCACCAUCCGCAGCACCUGCAUCAGCAUCACCCGGGCUUUGCCGCCCCGCAGCCGGGCAGCUUCAACGAUCGGCUACUGAACGGUGGUGGCCCUGGGGACUCCCUCGAGCGGCAGCACGCGCACUCGCAGGACAACGUGAGCAACAACUUCGACGACCCGGCGAUGGUUAACGGUGGCGCAGGCAACGGUGCUUACUACCACAGCAAGAAGCGUUCCCGGGAGUCCUCCAGCUCAAGCUACACCGGUGGCCCGGGUGGAGCCGUUCCGUACGGUGUCGCCACAGGAACCGAUCACCCAACCACGACGACGACGACGACGGAGUCAUCCUCUUCGCCGACGGCCAGCAUCGGCGGUAGUAACACUAGCGGCAACGGUACCCCAACGACGACGGGGCCCAACAGUGGAGUGCUCCCAGGGAAGCUUGGCCACGGCGAGCAGCAGCAGCAGCAGGGCGCCGGCAACGGCAGCAUGCUGGUGGCGGAGCAGGGCUUCGUCCGGUUUCGGGCCCUCGAGGAACCGACGCUCGGAUCGGGCCGGGCUCCCGGCUCCAACGUAGCGUUGCGCGCCGAGAAGAGCAAACUGUUCAUGAACGCCGCGUAA